AGACUGAAAAAAAAACAACAACAAUGGCUGCCACAUUGAAACCAUAUCUAACUGCUGUACGCCAUUCCCUGACCGCAGCAAUGUGUUUACAAGAUUUCCCCUCCCAAGUUGUGGAACGUCACAACAAACCCGAAGUGGAAGUCUGCUCCAGCAAGGAAUUGAUACUCACACCCAUUGUUAUAUCGCGCAAUGAACGUGAACGUGUUCUCAUCGAACCUUCCAUCAAUUCGGUACGUGUCAGUAUUGCUGUCAAACAGGCGGACGAGAUCGAGAAGAUCCUAUGUCACAAGUUCACCCGUUUCAUGAUGCGACGUGCCGAAUCGUUUAUCAUCCUGCGGCGCAAGCCCAUCGAUGGCUAUGACAUUAGUUUCCUGAUAACGAACUUCCAUACAGAACAGAUGUACAAACAUAAGCUGGUCGAUUUCGUUAUCAGUUUUAUGGAGGAAAUUGAUAAGGAAAUCAGUGAAAUGAAGCUGGCCGUUAAUGCUAGGGCCCGUACUUGUGCCGAGGAAUUCUUGAAGAGAUUUUAAGUA